AUGAAUGUUAAUUUAAUCUGUCCUUAACACAAAUAACAAGUUAUCCAAGCUUGCAUCGAUUUAGAUUGCUCUGUAUUCCCUUUUAUGUGUAAAGUGUGUAUGACAGACUAAAAAACUAUUUCUUAACAUACAAAACACAAUCAAUGUUUGAUACCCUACCAGUAAUACGUAACAUUGGUAAGUAAAUAAAUAGAAGAUUAACUUCAUGAUGCCAAUAAAUUCAUUGAUCUCUUCAACAAAGAAUCUCAAGUUGUCUAACAAAUAUUAUUAUCAGACGAGCAUUUGAAUAAUAUGGAAGGAUAUGUAAGAUCUUAAAAGCAAUAAAUUGAAUCUGAUGUCAAUUAAGCCUUAGAAUCCAUCACAUAACUGUUUGAUUUACAUAAAACAGAACUGAUUAAAAAGUUAGAUCAAUAUCUUAAAAUAUACGAAAACAACUUUUUUAUACUUAAAGAAUAAUUAGAACCCAUACAUUUCCUUCUGACAAAAUGUAAAUAUUAUUCAAAUGAAAAUAACUUAAAAUAAAAACUUCAUACUAAACCUGAUUUAGGAUCAUAACUCAAGUUGUCAAUCAAAUAAAUGUCGAUUAUUAAAAAACCUGAUAAUUUAAAACAAAUUCUUGAUAAAGUAAAAAAGGCUUAAGAAUUGUAAUAUAACAAUGAGAAUUUUAAUAAAUUAUUGACUGAUGCAAAGAAUUCAAUCAACGACUUCUAUAUCAAAAAUGUCAGUAUUCCCAAUCAAACAUAAAUUGAAAUAUAGCAACAAACAAACAUGCAGCCUACUGUUCAAACAUUAUCAUCUCCUCCAAUUAAAAGCAAAUUAAUGGAUAUAUCAAAUGCCGAUAAAGCAACAAUGUUAGAUGAUAAUAAGACUGUGAUUUCUGCAGUAGAUUCUAAGAUCUCAGUUGUUAGUUAAUUAUAAACAUAGGUCAUUCCUAAUAUUAAUGUCUUAAUAUUGGAUAAUAGAAUUAUUGAAGAUACUAAUUAAUCUAAGAAUCAAUCAAAUCAAAGAUUCAAAAUUAAGAAAAAGUUAAGUAUUGAAUUCCAAGUGACUUCAUUGGCUCUCGUUAGCAAUGUCUCAGUAGCAUUAGGAUUGGCUGAUGGAACAGUUAAAUUAUUAGAUAUGACAACUAGCAAAGUUAGCUUUUACCCUAAUACCUAUAUUCAACAUACCAAACCUGUCUCUCAACUAUUGAUCUUGAAAUAAAAUAAGGGAACAAGAUUGGCAUCCUUAAGUGAAGAAAACUAUGCCAUUAUUUGGACUUUGGGAGAAAAUUAUGUGCCUUAUCCAGAAAGAAAGCUAAUUGGAUUCAAAUCCAAAUUGAAUAGAAUUAUGGAUGUAGCAGAUUCUUCUCACCUUAUUUGUUAGAGUGAUACGAAUCUAUAAAUCAUCAAUUAUCAUGAUAACAGAAUCGCCUAUUCUUUUGAAUUUAAAACCAAACUCAUUGAUUUCCUUUAUGUAAGUAAAUACGAAAAAUUUGCAACAAUAUGUUAAGGAAAUAUAGUUUCUAUAUACAGUUUAAAAAUGAAUAACAAUUUAUAAGGAGCAAUGUUAUUAGUUAAUUGUGAGUUAGAAUAUACUCAAUCAGCCCUUCCAAUCUCAAAUAUCAGCUCAUGCAUAGCCACAGAAUACUUGAAUGACAUAAUCAUCUGCUAUGGGUGUACUGAUGGAUCAGUCAAAUUGUUUAAUGUUAUUAAAAAUAUCUUAAUUGCUGAAUAUUAGUUAUUUAAUUCUAAAAUACAAGAGAUGAUAAUUGUUAAGCAGAAUAAGCAUUUUAUAUUAGUGGCCUUUGGUGAAAGUGUAAAAUAGAUAAAAGGCAUUAUGAUUUAAGAGAACAAAAUAAAUCCAAUAGAAAUGAUUGGCGAAUUGCUUGAAUAUCCAGCUAAAUCAGGAAAAAAUGUUAUUUAAACAUUUUUCAAAAAUAGAAGUUCAUUUUAUUUACUAAGUGAUUCCUAAAAAGAUAUUGGAUUAUAUGAAUUAUGCUGA